AUGGACCAUCACUGCUGGACCAUCAUGGACCACACACACAGUAAAUCUCUCUCCUUGCUCAGGUCUGUGUCAGUCAAAGGAGCUCAGGUCUGUGUCAGACAGAGGGUGUGGGGCUCAGGUCUGUGUCAGACAGAGGAGCUCAGGUCUGUGUCAGACAGAGGGUGUGGGGCUCAGGUCUGUGUCAGACAGAGGAGCUCAGGUCUGUGUCAGACAGAGGGUGUGGGGCUCAGGUCUGUGUCAGACAGAGGAGCUCAGGUCUGUGUCAGACAGAGGGUGUGGGGCUCAGGUCUGUGUCAGACAGAGGGUGUGGAGCUCAGGUCUGUGUCAGACAGAGGGUGUGGGGCUCAGGUCUGUGUCAGACAGAGGAGCUCAGGUCUGUGUCAGACAGAGGGUGUGGGGCUCAGGUCUGUGUCAGACAGAGGGUGUGGAGCUCAGGUCUGUGUCAGACAGAGCGUGUGCAGCUCAGGUCUGUGUCAGACAGAGGAGCUCAGGUCUGUGUCAGACAGAGGGUGUGGGGCUCAGGUCUGUGUCAGUCAGAGGGUGUGGGGCUCAGGUCUGUGUCAGUCAGAGGGUGUGGGGCUCAGGUCUGUGUCAGUCAGAGGGUGUGGGGCUCAGGUCUGUGUCAGACAGAGGGUGUGGAGCUCAGGUCUGUGUCAGUCAGAGCGUGUGGGGCUCAGGUCUGUGUCAGUCAGAGGGUGUGGGGCUCAGGUCUGUGUCAGUCAGAGGGUGUGGGGCUCAGGUCUGUGUCAGUCAGAGCGUGUGGGGCUCAGGUCUGUGUCAGUCAGAGCUUGUGGGGCUCAGGUCUGUGUCAGUCAGAGGGUGUGGGGCUCAGGUCUGUGUCAGUCAGAGGGUGUGGGGCUCAGGUCUGUGUCAGUCAGAGGGUGUGGGGCUCAGGUCUGUGUCAGACAGAGGGUGUGGAGCUCAGGUCUGUGUCAGUCAGAGCGUGUGGGGCUCAGGUCUGUGUCAGUCAGAGGGUGUGGGGCUCAGGUCUGUGUCAGUCAGAGCUUGUGGGGCUCAGGUCUGUGUCAGUCAGAGCUUGUGGGGCUCAGGUCUGUGUCAGUCAGAGGGUGUGGGGCUCAGGUCUGUGUCAGUCAGAGGAGCUCAGGUCUGUGUCAGUCAGAGGGUGUGGGGCUCAGGUCUGUGUCAGUCAGAGGGUGUGGGGCUCAGUCAGAGAGUGUGGGGCUCAGGUCUGUGUCAGUCAGAGGAGCUCAGGUCUGUGUCAGUCAGAGGAGCUCAGGUCUGUGUCAGUCAGAGGGUGUGGGGCUCAGUCAGAGGGUGUGGGGCUCAGGUCUGUGUCAGUCAGAGGGUGUGGGGCUCAGGUCUGUGUCAGUCAGAGCUUGUGGGGCUCAGGUCUGUGUCAGUCAGAGGGUGUGGGGCUCAGGUCUGUGUCAGUCAGAGCUUGUGGGGCUCAGGUCUGUGUCAGUCAGAGGGUGUGGGGCUCAGGUCUGUGUCAGACAGAGGGGGUGGGGCUCAGGUCUGUGUCAGUCAGAGGGUGUGGGGCUCAGGUCUGUGUCAGUCAGAGGGUGUGGGGCUCAGGUCUGUGUCAGUCAGAGGGUGUGGGGCUCAGGUCUGUGUCAGUCAGAGGAGCUCAGGUCUGUGUCAGUCAGAGGAGCUCAGGUCUGUGUCAGUCAGAGGGUGUGGGGCUCAGGUCUGUGUCAGUCAGAGGGUGUGGGGCUCAGGUCUGUGUCAGUCAGAGGAGCUCAGGUCUGUGUCAGUCAGAGGAGCUCAGGUCUGUGUCAGUCAGAGGGUGUGGGGCUCAGGUCUGUGUCAGUCAUAGGGUGUGGGGCUCAGGUCUGUGUCAGUCAGAGGGUGUGGGGCUCAGGUCUGUGUCAGUCAGAGGGUGUGGGGCUCAGGUCUGUGUCAGACAGAGGGGGUGGGGCUCAGGUCUGUGUCAGUCAGAGGGUGUGGGGCUCAGGUCUGUGUCAGACAGAGGGGGUGGGGCUCAGGUCUGUGUCAGACAGAGGGGGUGGGGCUCAGGUCUGUGCUGAGUGGAGUCUGCAGCAUCUUAAAGGGAAUCCUCCUUCCCUCCCUCAUCAUCUGUGGACCACAUGGUUCUAA